GUGGUUUCGUGGUGAGAGUAUCACUGCUCUCAUUGAUCGUUUCAAAAACCGUCGGUAAAACCAAAAAUGUUUCCAGCAUACGGAACGUUUGACCAAUUUUCCCCUUACUAUCGAUAUCUCUAUGAUAACCCAGGUCCAUAUUUAUCGUUUCCUGAAGCACUCUGGCCUUUGCCACUGUCCCUUGUAAAAACCAAUCAUAGACCCGAAAAACCACCUUUCUCCUACAUUGCCUUAAUUGCAAUGGCCAUAAGCAGUUCCCCGAAUCAAAGGCUAACGCUUAGCGGGAUCUAUAAGUUCAUCAUGGAUAAAUUUCCGUAUUAUCGCGACAACAAGCAAGGCUGGCAGAAUUCUAUUCGUCACAAUCUAUCUUUGAAUGACUGCUUUGUGAAAGUUCCCCGGGACAAAAGCACAGUGGAAGAGGGAGAAGGUGCUUCUGCAGGUAAAGGAAGCUACUGGAUGCUAGACCCUUCAGCUGCUGAUAUGUUCGAGCAAGGAAAUUAUCGAAGGAGAAGGACAAGACGACAAAGACAUUCGAAACUCCUCUUUCAUGAGUCUUCAAAUUACUCUUUCACGAACCUACUUCAUAUUCACGGAACCUCAAGGCACCCUCCUAGUGAGCAGAACUUUUUAGCAAAACUGGCAAAGUCUCAAGCUGAAGAAAAUUUGCCUGUUAGCGAUUUUGCCACCAUUCAGCAGAACUAUUUGGCACAUUUUAGCGAGAAUCUCAACACUUUACUCGGAGGUUUUCCGCAAAAUUUUCUAACCACAACACUGGAUAUUUCAGCAGACUCUAGAAGUAUUUCAUCAGCUAAAUCAAAUCUCUUUACUAUAGAGAAUCUCAUCAAGAAGUGAUCACAUGCACUGUAAGUUGAC